UUUUAUCGCUAAUUAUUUUCGUCAACGCGAGGAGGAUGCUAAUAUUUCAAAUGACUGGACAUUUGUAGCAAUGGUUUUAGACCGUUUCUUUCUUCUAGUCUUUUCAAUUUUAAAUAUGGCUACUUUUUCAAUUAUUAUUUCUGCCCCUACACUGUUUGAUUUUAGAAAGCCGUUGAAUAUUACUGUCCCAACCCGACCUCUUGGCCAAGCCUACCUAUUUAGUGUCAAUGAAGAAUAA